AUGUUUGGUCCCUCGAUAGUUUUUAUCUAUUAUCUUGUUACAACUGUUGUAAGGUCACAACCUUCCGCUGAUAUCUUUAGAAGCUUUGCCGGAUACAUACCUGAAGAGCACAGAGUUAUUCAUCAUGAAUGGCAAAAUUCAGGAAAAUUUCAAGGAGACAUUGACGGCGUGGAUCCGAAUUUGCUCAAACUUCCAGAAGGACCAGUGUUAUUCAAUGCAUUAAAAAACAAACAACUAACAUGGGAAAACGGAUUGAUACCAUACGAAAUGGACACGGCUUUCUCACCAAAUGAGGUGAAAAUUCUGGAAAAAGCAUUUGACAGUUACCGGCGAAACACGUGCAUUCGAUUCGAGAAGCGAGAAGGACAAACUGAUUAUUUGAAUAUUGUGAAAGGAUAUGGAUGCUACUCUCAAGUAGGCCGAACAGGAGGGAAACAAGAAAUCUCAUUGGGACGCGGUUGCUUUUUCCAUGAAAUUAUUGUACAUGAAUUAAUGCAUUCCGUUGGUUUUUGGCAUGAACAUUCGAGAGCCGAUCGAGAUGAUCACAUUCGGAUACUUUGGGAUAACAUUCUGCCUGGUAUGAAGUCUCAAUUUGACAAGAUUUCUGCUGUUUUACAAGAUCUUCAAGGAGAAAACUAUGAUUACAAGUCAAUCAUGCAUUAUGACAGCACUGCCUUCUCACGAAACGGACGAAACACGAUAGAGACCGUGGAGGAUGGAUUCACACAAGUGAUUGGUACGGCUCAAGAUCUAUCUCCUCUAGACAUCGUCAAAGUAAGUAAUUUAUAA